AGACGCCGAAUUGUGCACUUUCUGGGCUUAUUCUGCAUAUCUCGAGGUGCCACAACAAUCAUUUGCAAAGGAAACUGCCCGCCCCAUCGAGACUGGGGCCCGGCGUCUCAUCAGCAACGUGUUCUCACGAUGCCUGUUCUCGGCUUUCUUCGGACGAGCACCACGCUCUACGAGCUGGAGGAAACGAAGACAACCAUCGGCCGCGAUGAAUCAUGCGAUAUUGUACUGACUUCGAGAGGAGUGUCGCGCUUCCAUGCUGUGCUGGAGUUCGGCAAGUUGGGAGGUGAGAAGGCCACGCUGACGGACCUUGGCUCCUGCAAUGGGACGUUCGUCAACAACGUGAGGCUUCCGGCGCAGCAGGCGUAUCCCCUGGAGCAUGCUGACGUGAUCUUCUUCUCGGCUUAUGGUUCGUGAGGCACAACUGUGCGAGAGCCUUUGCUUCCGCCCGUCCACUUGUGACCAUUUCUGCUUGUGCAGAGAAGGUUUCUUAUCGGUUCGAGGUUCCAGGUGAGAAGCGAGUGGCGGCUUUGUUUGUCUACCAGACUUCUGUCCUGUUAUUUGUGCUGGUUGGUGUCUGUCCAUAUCGGUACAGGGAGGGACAUAUCUCCGAUGCAGGAGGUACAAACAUGCAUGCCUGCGCUGCUUGACACUCAUGAGUGGGACAUGGCUGUCUCCUGUCCCCUUUCGCCCGGUGCAUGCAGUCCCUCCCGCCAGCCAAAAACCCUCUUCUGGCGACAGCACUCCACCUGCCAGCGGUAAGAUGAAUACGUGGACACAAGCGGCCGACGCUCCACCUCACUCGCUCGCUGCCUCCCUUUUAGGCUGGUUUGCCCUCCAGCCGUGAUCGUUCGGGCCGACAGAUCGCGCGAGACAUCAUGCCCACUCCGCCCCGCUCAAGGUCGGGAUCGCCCCCGUCACGCAGGAAGGUCUCGCCAGGCGCUUCCCGCUACACCUCACCGGCACUCUACCCCCGAGACCCCGUCCAGCAUCGAAGCACGUCGGUGCCACCAAAGAGGAAAAGGUCAGCGAUAUGGCGACAAGACAAUAUUACUAAUCUAUCAUACUUGAUGCGGCUUUUUGUCCACCGACAGGUCUCCCCGUGUUGAGGCGCUGCCGGAGGAUGCCCAUCCAAGUGGAGAGGUACGUUGUAUGUCUUUUGCUGCCAUGUCUGCAUUGUCGGUACGUCCAGGCCAACUCCCAGCCUCCCUCCCCUCGAUCGCCCCUUCCUCCUGCUGUCAGCGUGGCUGAUUUCAGCAAACGCAGGCAGCGGCACAACGAAGGCCAGAAGAAAGCAGACGAGGCUCCGCAAGCAGACGCCAUCUCAGACAAAGUGCGGAGAUUGAUGUUGGAGCAGCUGCUGAGGAAGAGCGGCCUCACUCUCUGGGAGUGCCGCGACACACUCGCCCAGAUCGCCUCCACCUUUCCCAACGAUGAUCAGCGACCGAAUGUCAAGGAGGGUAUCCUGGCGAAAUUCGGCACCAAGUCCGAGCUCAUGGGCGCCCUGGGCGACAUCCUUGCUGGGCCACCCUUCCAGCCAGCAGAGGACGGCCGGGAGCCACCCGGCAUGAAGGAGUGGCACAAAUGGCUGGAUGGACUCAAAGACUUCUCCACAAAGCUGACGCGGCUGGCUCUGCAGAGCCCGAAGGUCAUGGUCAAAGCACCCGCAGAGCUGCCCCUCGGUGUGCCCCCGACCAUUCACGAGCCUGGCGAUGACCAGGAUCAACAGAAGACGGAGCGAGAGGAACCCGAAGACAGUGAGGCAAAGCUGUGGGAGGCGAGGUUCCGUGCUCUGGAGGCCGUGGCAGCCAAUGUGCAGGGGCAGCUGGAGAGGGAGAAGGAGACCAACCGAGGACUGAGACAACGCAUCGACUCUUUCCUUGUCGAUAGGCGACCGGACGACGACUCGGGAACAAAGGACACGGGCGACAGCGCAACCUCUCGACGCUUCGAGGCUCUCCACACGCAGAUUCGUGAGCUUCGAUCGCAGCUGCUUUCAUAUGAAGAGCUCAUUGACAGUAGCAGGAGGCCGCUUCCUCCAUCGGACGAGAAGGCAACUGACGAAAGUCCGAAGGAAGGAGGCGACGCUGCUGCUGUUGUGCCAUCUGACGGACAGAAUGGCCGAGACAGCCUGAAGGACAUGAAGGUACGUUUGCAUGCAGGCGGCUGUCGAACGCAUCACAUGUCGUGUCUCCCUUUGUUUGUCGUCUUUUAGCGUCUCGUAGCUGACCUUCACAGCAAGAAGCGCCAGUACGAUGAACAGAAGCGCCGUGAGGACACGGUGUCCAGAGAAUGGACGCUGCUGGAAGACGAGCGGAAUCGACUCCGUGAAGAAAUUGCUCACCUGGCCAAAGCCAAGGAGGACAUGAGAGUGAGACGCUUGCAGCAGAGACGAGACUGGCACGUCGUGUGCUGCAACUUUGUCGUGUGUGUUUCAGGUGCAUCACGACUCGACGCUGCAGGCAGCCCACGAGCAGCUGCAGAUCCUGCAGCAGCAGCUUGUGGAUGCGGCCAAGUCGGGCCCUCUGCCAGGCAGUGAGGGGGCCUUGGAGAAGCUCUCAGACGAAAUCAAGCGAGUGACGGAUGAGAGACGAACGCUCGAGGUACGAAGACGACAAUAGGCACUGCUUAGCACUUUCCCUCAUUUCCUUCUUGCAACAAAGACAGAAAGCAGCUGAAGACGGCCGCGCGAAGGUCGAUGAGCUGCAGAGAAACUCCUCGCGAGAAGAACAGCGGCGGAAGCUGGCUGAGAAAAUGUACGAGGAAAGCCGCCAGCUGCGGAACCGGCUGAACGAAUAUGAGAGGACCGGCGGUGUCCAGAGGGUCGAGCAGUACCAACGAGCCCUUUGGGAGCUCCAGGUGCGUGUCGGGAGAGGGGAAUUAUCAAUUGCCAUCCACAUGCGCAAGGCGGCCUCGUCAUCGUCUUUUCAGGAGGAGGUGGGCCUGUUGGAGCGCCACGUCGGCGAGCAGACUGCUCACAUCCACCGUCUCACUCAAAAUGGUCUCUCCGGCCUCGACAAGGACUCAGCUUUCGGCUACCUGGCCGAAAGGCUGCAGAGCCGCGAGCAUCGGCUGCAGGGGUCCGAGGCGGCCGCAGAGGAGUGGCAGCGGAAGUGGAAAGACGCUGAGGCAGAGGCAGGCCGGUGCAACAGGGAGAAACUUGUCAUGGUGAGGGCAUCUUGCUGAGCCAUGCGACAAGAUUCUCAUCAUGCCUUUCGUCUUUUUUGUUCACGCAGGACACCAAGUUGAGGGCGUGUGCUGAUCGUGAGGAGAAGCUUCUAAGCCUUCUGCAGCAGCAUGAGCAGCGGCUUGAGCAAGAGAAGGAGAAGACCAAGAAUGCGCUUGUGGCUGUCGAGGCGGCGGAGAAGGCCAAGGAGGCCGCAUCAGCGUGGUUUGCCCCUCUCCAAACACCGCCCGCCAACGACAAGGUCACUGCCAUGUCAACCCCGUUUCACCGGCCGCACUCGCCAGCAAGAGACGGGGACGUGCCUCUCUCGUUCCGCGGGCCACAGCCAGACAUGCAGUCUGUCCUCCCACCUCCACACGAAGGCGACGGCGUGUCUCCGCAAGCUGAUGCGCCUCGACGGCCGAUGCAGAGGAAUGGUCAGCUGCCGCCUAUUGUUCCUCCGAGACAGCCUCGACAAAGAGAGGCCGUGGAGCCUGUAUACGGUAGGGAAGAAAUUGCGUUCACGGGUCGAUUUGUGGUGCUUGUUGGUUGCGUGUCAGAUGGGAGGAAUCCGUCCGAUUUUUGGGCGCCAUCAUUCCGCAGCACCCCGACACCCCCGCCACCCAGACUGCCCUUCUGGCAACUACUCUCCUCCCCAUUCGACGCUUACCUCAGCAGGCAGCAGCAACAACAGCACAGCCUACACAUGAAUGUUGGCCUGUUCGGCGACAGAGCCAUCGAUCUCGGCGUCAGUGAUACCGUUGUGCCGAUGAGACAGCCAAUUGCUGUUGUGCAAGCAGCCGAUGCGCUUGCGCCUAUCGACAUGCCAUCGCCGACUGGCCGAUUUGCCGACGAGGCGAACGAAGAUAAGGGUGGUGUGAGGGCAAAAAAGGAUGUGUCAGACUUGUUUCGCGAUGACAUUGAUGGGUCAGUCGGGACGAGCAGUGAUCAGUGAAGAGAGAAAGAGAGAGAGCUCAUUCACUCAUUCAUGAAUGUGUCAAUCCGUCCA